AUGGGCUUGCAGUACGUGGCUUCAACGAGCGGUUCCUACACCAGGCGGGUGCAGCCUAUUCCUGCCGGUGAACUUUGUGGGACUCCUUACUGCAGUAGAGAUGAGGGUGACUGUCCAUUUUGCGAAGAUCUUCUCGAGGGGCGGCUUGGAGCCUCUCAGCUUGGGGGCCGCUUCCGGCUGCAUUUCCUCGCAAGCAGCGGGAAGCUUAUCAUCCUUGAGAUUUGCUUCGAGGUGCCUUCCUUCUUCGCCACCUCGAAGGACUCAGAUCUCGUGGUCCAGUUGCAGCAGCUUCUUCCUUGGAGCAUUGAAGGCUCCGACAGUGAGGAAGUUGAGAGUUCAGCUGCCUACGUGACCGACGAAGACGAGGCUGAGGAUGAUGAUGCUGCGGAGGAAGAGGAGGAAGAAGAGGAGGUCGAAGAUGAGGCCAUGGCCGAUGCAGCUGGGGGUUGGAUAUUCUCCUGCGUCGGACAUCUGGACGUCUCGAAAGAGAGUGGUGGCUAUAGGAUUGCUACUGGAUGCAUCAGGACGUGGAGGAUUCAGUACUUGCGUGCUAUGGUAGCCCGAAGGUCCAGCUUCACCAAUCAUUCGAGGUCAAUUUAA